AUGGACUUGGCCUAUGUGUGCGAGUGGGAGAAGAAGCCGAAGAGCAACCACUGCCCCUCCAUUCCCCUGGUGUGUGCCUGGUCCUGCAGGAACCUCAUCGCCUUCACCACAGACCUCAAAAAUGAGGAGGAAAAAGAUCUCACCCAUAUGGUCCACAUCAUUGACACUGAGCACCCAUGGGAUGUCUACUCUGUCAACUCUGGGCAUGCUGAAGUCAUCACCUGCUUGGAGUGGGACCAGUCAGGCUCCAGGCUGCUGUCAGCAGAUGCAGAUGGACACAUCAAGUGCUGGAGCAUGACUGACCACUUGGCCAACAGCUGGGAGAACACUGUGGGCAGCCUGGUGGAGGGGGACCCUGUGGUGGCCCUGUCCUGGCUGCACAACGGCGUGAAGCUGGCUCUGCACGUGGAAAAGUCCGGAGCCUCCAACUUCGGGGAGAAGUUUUCCAGGGUCAAGUUCUCUCCGUCUCUGACCCUGUUUGGUGGGAAGCCCAUGGAGGGCUGGAUUGCUGUGACCAUCAGUGGGCUGGUGACAGUCUCACUCCUCAAGCCCAACGGGCAGGUGCUGACCUCCACCGAGAGCCUCUGCCGCCUCCGCUGCCGCGUGGCCUUGGCUGACGUCGCCUUCACCGGAGGGGGCAACAUCGUGGUGGCCACAUCAGAUGGCAGCAGCACCUCCCCUGUCCAGUUCUACAAAGUCUGUGUCAGCGUGGUGAACGAGAAGUGCAAAAUAGACACCGAGAUCCUGCCCUCCCUCUUCAUGCGCUGCACCACCGACCCUGCCCGCAAGGACAAGUACCCAGCCAUCACCCACCUGAAGUUCCUCGCCCGGGACAUGUCGGAGCAGGUGUUGCUUUGUGCUUCCAACCAGAACAGCAGCAUCGUGGAGUGCUGGUCUCUGAGGAAGGAAGGGCUGCCAGUCAACAACAUCUUCCAGCAGAUCUCCCCUGUGGUGGGGGACAAGCAGCCCAUGAUCCUGAAAUGGAGAAUUCUCUCUGCCACCAACGACUUGGAUCGGGUCUCGGCCGUGGCCCUGCCGAAGCUUCCGAUCUCCCUGACCAACACUGAUCUGAAGGUGGCAAAUGACACCAAGUUCUUCCCUGGCUUGGGCCUGGCUCUGGCUUUCCACGACGGCAGUGUGCACGUUGUGCACCGCCUGUCCCUGCAGAUGAUGGCUGUGUUCUACGGCUCCUCCUCCCAGCGCCCCGCCGACGAGCAGGCCAUCAAAAGGCAGCGGACUGCCGGCCCCCUGGUGCACUUCAAAGCCAUGCAGCUCUCCUGGACAUCCCUGGCCUUGGUUGGCAUUGACAGCCACGGGAAGCUGAGCAUGCUCCGUAUCUCCCCCUCCAUGGGCCACGUGCUGGACAUGAACAUGUCCCUGCGCCACUUGCUCUUCCUCUUGGAGUAUUGCAUGGUGACUGGUUAUGACUGGUGGGACAUCCUGCUCCAUGUCCAGCCCAACAUGGUCCAGAACCUGGUGGAGAAGCUUCAUGAGGAGUACAUGCGGCAGAACGCGGCCCUGCAGCAGGUCCUCUCCACUCGCAUUGUGGCCAUGAAGGCUUCUCUCUGCAAGCUCUCUUCCAGCACCAUAGCUCGAGUCUGUGACUACCAUGCCAAGCUCUUCCUCAUUGCCAUCAGCUGCACCUUGAAGUCUCUGCUACGUCCACACUUCCUGAACACCCCAGACAAGAGCCCUGGGGACAGACUCACUGAGAUCUGCUCCAAGAUCACAGACAUAGACAUUGACAAGGUGAUGAUUAACCUGAAGACAGAAGAGUUUGUGCUGGAGAUGACCACACUGCAGUCCCUGCAGCAGCUCAUCCAGUGGGUAGGAGACUUUGUGCUCUACCUGCUGGCCAGCCUCCCUAACCAGGGCUCCCCAGUCCGACCAGGACACAGCUUCCUACGGGAUGGAGCCUCCCUGGGCAUGUUCAGGGAGCUGAUGGUGGUGAUCCGCAUCUGGGGGCUGCUGAAGCCAAGCUGCCUCCCUGUCUACACAGCAACCUCUGACACCCAGGACAGCAUGUCCCUGCUCUUCAGGCUCCUGACUAAACUCUGGCUCUGCUGUCGUGAAGAAAACCACAUCACAGAACCAGAUGAUACCCUGAUAGAUGAAUGCUGCCUCCUGCCCAGCCAGCUGCUCAUUCCCAACAUUGACUGGCUGCCCAUCAAUGAUGGCAUCAUCAGCAAGCUGCAGAACAAGCAGCUGGUCAGGCUCCAGUUUGGAAAGGCUCCUGGGCUCGUUGGUCACACUGUCUCUUCCCAGUUUGAUGCCUUUGUCAGGGCCCCAGGACAGCCCAAAAUCGAUCACCUGAGGCGGCUGCAUCUGGGAGCAUACCCCACAGAGGAGUGCAAGUCGUGUACCAGGUGCGGCUGCGUCACGAUGCUGAAGUCUCCCAACAAGGUGACAGCAGUGAAGCAGUGGGAGCAGCGCUGGAUCAAGAACUGCCUCUGCGGGGGGCUCUGGAGGAGGAUGCCCCUCAGCUACUCCUGAGGGGUUCCCCCCAGAGCUGCUCAGUGCUUCCUUCUCGGAGGUGUUUGGGACACAAGGGCAGCAUCGUCCUGGGAGACGCUGCCUGGUGCUGCUUGU